AUGGCGGCCCCGGCUAAGCGGCGCAGGGCGGCGGGGCCGGACCCCACGGCGGGCUUCGUGGCGUGGUGCGAGGCGGCGGGCGUGGAGCUCAGCCCCAAGGUGUCCAUCAGCCGGCGGGGCACGGUGUCGGGCUACGGGCUGCUGGCCGCCGCCGACCUGGAGCCGGGAGAGCUGCUGUUCUCCGUGCCGCGCAGCGCGCUGCUGUCCCAGCACACGUGCGCCAUCCGAGCCCUGCUGCACGACGCCCAGGAGUCCCUGCAGAGCCAGUCUGGGUGGGUGCCACUCCUGCUGGCCCUGCUGCACGAAUACACAACCAGCACCUCCCGCUGGCAGCCCUACUUCUCCCUCUGGCAGGACUUCAGCAGCUUGGAUCACCCCAUGUUCUGGCCAGAAGAAGAGCGAACGAAGCUCCUGCAGGGCACUGGCAUCCCCGAGGCAGUGGACAAGGACCUGGCUAACAUCCAGCUGGAGUACAGCUCCAUCAUCCUGCCCUUCAUGAAGUCCCACCCCGACAUCUUUGACCCUGAGCUGCACACGCUGGAGCUGUACAAGCAGCUGGUGGCUUUUGUGAUGGCUUACAGCUUUCAGGAGCCUUUAGAGGAGGAAGAUGAAGAUGAGAAGGGCCCCAAUCCUCCCAUGAUGGUGCCUGUUGCUGAUAUUUUGAAUCACGUGGCCAACCACAACGCCAGCCUGGAAUACGCUCCAAGGUGUUUACGGAUGGUUACAACACAACCCAUCAGCAAAGGGCAGGAGAUCUUCAACACCUACGGGCAGAUGGCCAACUGGCAGCUCCUGCACAUGUAUGGCUUUGCAGAGCCAUAUCCAGGCAACACCAACGACACAGCUGACAUCCAGAUGGUGACCGUACGGAAGGCAGCGCUGCAGCCAGGUGCCAAAAGCGAAGCACAGCAGCAGCUGGUGGCUGAACAGUGGGACUUCUUGUGCCAGCUGGAGAUGGUGGGGGAGGAAGGCGCCUUCGUGCUGGGCUGGGAUGAAGUGCUGACAGAGGAGGAGCUGUCCACGACCCUGAAGGUGCUGUGCAUGUCAGAAGAAGAGUUCAAGGAGUACAAGGAACAAGAUGGCUGGGAGGAGGACAGUGAGGAAGAGGAAAGCUCGACCCUUUCUAAUGCAGCUCUCUCCAGACUGAAAGCCCCUUGUAAGAUGCUCCUUUACGACAGCGUGCUGCUGACCCUGCAGUCGUACAGGUCAGACCUCAAAGCAGAGCAGGACUUGCUCAGUAAGGAGGUUUAUGAGAAACUGAGUCGAAGGGAGCAGCAAGCUCUGCACGUGCGCUAUGGGCAGAAAAGGAUCCUGCAUCAGCUGCUAGAGCUGGUGCAAUAAAAGCCUCACUGCCCCCAGAAAUCAGCUGCCCAGAACUGUGCUCAGCCUUCAGCCCUCUAUUCUGCAGCAGCAAGGAUGGGAGGCAAGAUGGGCCCACUUGUCCCUCAUACGGCUUCUGGCUUUUUAGCUACCUCUGCAUAAAGAACGAAUUUGCAGAGCACAGGAGCAUUCUUAGGUGCCCUGACAGUCAGAGGGCUGGAGCACAGCCACCCCUUUCAUCGAGAGGACUUGGUGAAACCCACAUCUUGUCAUGGUUGCUUAGGGAAGGCUGACACACCACCAGCAUAACAAGUGGGUUGCCUCACUCAGCAUCCGAGAUUCGAGGCAAUCACUGUGCUUCAUCCAGGUGAACAAGGCAGAAUUCCAGCUGGUAGCUCUUACCUCACAGAAAGACAGAGCAGAAGUGCUAAGAACUGAACAGCUCACCUAGACUUCAGUACUGAGCGUUCUGCAAGCAGGAGCCCAUCAGUUUCUGGCUUUCACGGAGGCUCAGAACAGCACAGUGAUUCCUCUCACCUCUGCAGAAGGCAUUCUGUAAGUGCUGGAGACUCUGAGAGCAGCCACAGGUCUGCAGGUUGGGUUUCUGAUAUGUACCCUAACUCAGGCACCACUACUGUACAUCACAUAUAGCCUUCCUUUUCCCUUGGCAGCUUUGUAAGACAACACGCUGGAGGUUGGCAGGCCAAGCUGUGUUAAAUAAAGGUGGAGUUUCUUACCCA